AUUCAGUUAGUGAGAAGGAGGCCUUCGGGCCAUUACGUAUACAUUAAUUUAAAUAUUAAAAUUUUAAGGCGAUUAAAAAAAAAACUUAUUAAAAUAUUAAUUUUUAAUUAUAAAAAUAUUUUAAUGUGUUGUAAAAAUAAAUAUAAAUUUAUAAAUAUAAUAAUUUAGAAAAAAAUAUAACAAAUUAAAAUAUAAAAAUAUUAAAAAAAUAUUUAAUAUUUUUAAUGCCAAUACAAGGAUUAUUAAUCAUACGAAGUAAAAAUAAAUAUUUAUCAAAGAACAAAUUAAAUAUACGAUUUAGGUAGGGUCCUUCUUAGGAUGCCUCGGAGACCAAAAACCAUUUUUUUUGGGUUUAAAUAAAACAAAAUGGAACAAUUUGAACAGCUUUUAACAUGUUGCGUAUGUCUUGAUAGAUAUCGUAAUCCAAAAUUAUUACCAUGCCAGCAUUCAUUUUGUAUGGAACCCUGUAUGGAGGGUUUAACAGAUUAUGUUCGGAAACAGGUAAAAUGUCCAGAGUGCCGAGCAGAACAUCGGGUUCCAUACCAAGGUAUACAAGCAUUUCCAACCAAUGUAACAUUACAAAGAUUUUUGGAAUUGCAUAUAGAUAUUACCGGAGAACUUCCAGAUCCAACUGCAGGCCAAAUAAUGGAAAGAUGCGGUGUUUGUUCAGAGAAACAAUAUUUGCAACCGUGUGCACAUUGUGAAAAGAAAAUCUGUGAAGACUGUAAGAGUGCACAUAUGGAUAUUUUGAGAAGAGAAAUCACUAGAAUAAAUAGUCAAAUUAGAAGAAGUAUACAUCGACUACAAGACGCUUUAUCAAUAAUUGAAAAGAAUACUGUUAAUUUACAAACAAAUUGCUUUAGUGUUACAGAAGAAUUGGAUGAAAUUUAUAGACGUGUUACGAAAACAAUUAAAGAUCGCACUGAUGAAUUACGCUCGCAAGUUGAAUUAUAUUUAUCAGCUGAAUUAAGAAAAUUAAGAACACUUAAAAGUAAUUUAGAAUUAGAAAUAGGUAACAUCGUUAGUAACUGUGAUCUUGGCGAAAAACAUAUGAAUGAAAAUGUUGAUUGGGAUGAUUGUGAAUUAAUGGACACCAAAGAAAUAUUCUUAAAGACAGUUGAAUUCUUACGAAAUUUCGAAUAUGAAAGUAAUGAAUCAAGUAAACGUAUUCGUUUCUUUAUGAACAAAGAUCCAAAUCAAUUAGUUAAAGAUAUUGCAAUACUUGGUGAAUUAAGUUUCCCUCAAUCGAUUGCACAAACUAGCAAUCAUUUAGCACCACCAUCAAUUCAAGCUGGAUUAAGUCGAUCAAAAAGUGAUCAUCGUUUAACACAAUUUCGUUCUAAUGAUGAUCGCGGUUAUGAUGAUGAACCGGUACUUGGUGGCCGUAAAUUUGGUGAACGUCCAAUUAAAAAUUCUGGUAGCGAUUAUGAUACUGGAUCUUCACGUUAUGGUAGAAGUGGUCGUGGUGAUGAUUACGAUUACGAUGAACCGACAACACGAACAAAACGAAAUUUCCGUUCACGUUUUGUUAAAAGUCAUCAAAAUGAUGAUAUAUCCGAUAGUGAACAUUCUCGAGGUACACGUGGUGGAGGUAAUAGCGGGCAAGAUUCCUUUAAGAAUGGUGAACGUGUUAUUGAUACUGAAGAUGUAUCACGUGGACAACUUAGUGGUAUAAUCCGCUUACAAGAUUGUUCAAGAGUAAUCAAAAGAUUACAGGAGAGUGGUAAGGGUAAAAAGGAGAAAAAAACUGAAAAACCAACUGUAACUCCAGCAGCUCAACCAGCUGUAAGACCAAAACCAGCAGCACCAGCAGCAGCUCGUCAAGUUUCCCAAGAAGAUGAAAUUAGCCGUAUUAAGAGGCAAAAUAAGGAAACAACAAGUUCAACUGUAACUGAAGCAAGACAACAACCUAUUGUUGAAACAGAACGUCCUACAUCAGAUAGAGUUACAGCACUUCGUCAACAACAACGUACUACUGCACAAUCAACUAGCGAAGAAAGUGACAGUUCUGCUCAACCUACUCAUCAAACAUCUGUACAAACUGCCCGUAAAAGCCCAGCAGUUGAAGCUGACAGCGAUUCAGAAGAAACAGAUUCUGAUGAUGAUUCAUCUCCUACUCAACAGUCAAAACCACCACCAGUACCAACAUCUGGUACAACAUCAUCAACAACAGCUGGAUCAAAUUCAGCUGCUGCAAAAGCAAAAGUUUCACGUACAACAUCAACAGAAUCAUCAGAAUCAACUGAAAGUUCAAGUUCAAAUGCUGCAUCAACAACAACUGUACCAUCAACAGUUACAACAAAUCGUACACCAACAACAAAUUCUACAGCAGCACAACAAAAUCGUACUACACAAAAAUCUACAACACAAAAUACAACAACACCAACAACAGGUGGACAAACAACAACUGAAAAGAAACCAUUUCAAAGUAGAUUUUUACCAAAUCAUAGUACUGCAGUAACAAAUAAUACAUCAUCAAAGAAACCAGAAAGUGAAUCAAGUUCUGAAACUGAAACAUCAUCUGAUGAAGAAUCAGAAGAAGAAAUUGAAGCAACAAAAAAACCAACAACAACGACAACAUCAGCAACUGGUUCAAGAACUGGUGGUAGUAGUAAUACAACAACAACAGCAACACCAUCAUCAACAAAUUCAUAUAGUAGUAAUAGAAAUACUGGUUCAUCAUCAACAACAAGUGGUUCUGGUAUAACAAAUGAUAGACCAAUCGCUGAUAGCAUUUCAAGCUCUAGACGUAGCUCUAGAGACGAUACAAAUGCAAGAACAUCAGCAUAUUCGACACCAAGUACAUAUACACCAAGAACAAGACCAGUUCCAGCACCACAUCAUGAACCAGAAUCUGAUCGUUAUAGUAGUACAACCGGUAGCAGUUACACAAGCCGAUUUUUAAAUAGAAGUAAAAGUAGUGCAGUGAUCCCACCAUCAUUGAAUACAUCAAUUGAAGAUGAUGCAACCGGUGAUGAUUCAGAUUCACGAUACGGAACUGGACGUUCCAGAUAUUUGGCAAUGAAAGAGAGACGUUCUAGAUUAGCACGUAGUCGUUCAUCGCAUGCUCUCGGUGUAGACGAUGAUGAUUUAGAUGAUCCACCAGUUUCACCGACAACAGCAUCACCAUCAGCAUAUUUAGCUUCAAGGGAUUUAAAAUGGGUCAAAAAUGCACAUCCAGAUAAUUAUAUACCGAAUUUAAAUAAAAAGAAAGAAAUGUUGCUUGGAUAUGGUCCAUCAUCAUAUUCAACUGAAAAUUCAGCAUUAAGUAGAAGCCGUUCAUCGCAUGCAUUAAAAUCACGUGAAAGUUCACCAGCAAGUAGUGUUACUGACCGCGGUGCAGCCAGUGGUACUGCAAAAGAUGGUGAAGCAUUAAGUUCAUGGGCACGUUAUCUUAAAAAUAAAUAUGGUAAUCGUAGAGAAUCAGCACGUGAUGUAUUAGCAUCAACAACAACAGCAGCCCCAUCAUCACAUACAACACCAUCAAGUAUGUCAUCAGCUAGCCGACGUUUAAGUUUAGGUUUACCGUUACGUCAAGCAAAUGAAUAUGGUUCAUCUGACGAUGACGGUUCAAAAAACGGGCUAGGCUCCCCUACCUCCCCUACGGUAGCAGCAGGUAUAACCGGUCUGGCAGGUAUUUCCCCUAAAACGUUAUAUUUGCGUAAAAGACAGCAGCUAUUUCAAUUGGGUGGCCGGGGGAGCGAGCCCGGAUCAUUUACAUGGCCACGGGGUAUUGCCGUUGGCCCUGAUAAUAGUAUAGUUGUUGCCGAUUCAUCUAAUCAUCGUGUACAAGUAUUCGAUUCGAACGGAAUAUUUGUUAAAGAAUUUGGUGAAUAUGGUAACAGUGAAGGUGAAUUCGAUUGUUUAGCAGGUGUUGCGGUCAAUCGAAUCGGACAAUACAUAAUUGCAGAUAGAUAUAAUCAUCGUAUACAAGUACUCGAUCCACAAGGUAGAUUUUUAAGAGCAUUUGGAUCACAAGGUACUGCUGAUGGAAAAUUCAGUUAUCCAUGGGGUGUUACAACAGAUUCUUUAGGAUUUAUAUAUGUUUGUGAUAAAGAAAAUCACAGAGUUCAGGUUUUCCAAUCAGAUGGCACUUUUGUUGGUAAAUUUGGUACAUGUGGACGUGAAGAAGGUCAACUAGAACAUCCACAUUAUAUUGCGGUCUCAAAUACAAAUCGUGUUAUAGUUUCUGAUUCAAAUAAUCAUAGAAUUCAAAUAUUUGAUGUUAAUGGUAAAGUUUUAUCUACUUUUGGUGGUGAAGGAUCAGAUGAAGGUCAAUUUAAAUUUCCAAGAGGUGUUGCCGUCGACGAUCAAGGUUAUAUAUGUGUCGCAGAUUCUGGCAAUAAUCGUAUACAAAUAUUUAAUCCCGAUGGAAGUUUUUUAAAAGCUUUUGGAUCAUGGGGUUCUGGCGAUUGUGAAUUUAAAGGACUUGAAGGUGUUGCGAUAAUGUCAAAUGGAAAUAUUUUAGUUUGUGAUCGUGAAAAUCAUCGGGUUCAAGUUUUUUAGUUAAAACAUAUCAGAAUUUUUUUUUAAUUUAAAUAUUUACAAGAAAAAAAAGUUAAAAAUUACAAAACAGUUUUAGAAAUUUUAUGAAAUAAUUAAAAAAUAAAUGAAAAGCUUUUGUUACUCCUUUUUGCCAGUCAAUUUAUUAUAAAUAUUUUUUUUUUCUAUUAAUACUAGGGUACCAUACAUCCUUUGAAUAAAGUAAUGUUAUUAAAAUAUUUAUUUACUAUUUAAUAUAUAUACAUAUUAUAUAUAUAUUUUGUUGAGACUAAUUAAAAAUAAAGUUUAAUUAUCAAAUUUUGAUUUUAGAUAAUUUUUUUUUGUAUGUUAAUUAAUUUUAUAUAAUUUUUCCCAAUUCUUAUAUAAAUAUUUUUUUUUUGUAUUGUAUUAAAAAUAAAUAAUUUUGUUUAUCUGCAAUGUAUAAAUUAUAAUAAAUAAUGUUUAACAAAAUAAAAUAUCAUGGUUAAACUUAAA